AAAACAGAUAUUUAAACCAGUGGCUCUUUGGAAAUAAUCAUAAUUUAAUUAAAUUGCAUCAAAUUACUGUCUGUCAUGGUUAGAGUUUUCGGCACGAGCGUGCAGACGUGGUAGAAUAUGUCACUCGAAAUGUCACCAAUAAAGUUAUGUAACAGACACCCUUUAUAACACGAUAAAUGAGUACCAAGUUAGUACGUAGAGCCAAACCACAUCGCAAAACACAUUUCGUAGUUUUAAUAUCCUAACGUUCCGCCGGGGCAGAUAGGAUAAAAGCACAUGUGACGUCUUAUUUACAACGUUCAGUGACCUGCGAGGUGUAAACAAGGUGUGUUUGUAUGACAUCACUGGAAGUCCCAAUAAUGAGGACAACAACAGAAAUCUGGACCGUCGGAAACUUCAUCCUCAGCCGACGCCCAAAGGAAAGAUUGUGACAGCAAUGAAUCAUUAAACAUACAAAGAAAUUGAGGUGACCCAGGUUACCCCGGUGCAGGUGAACUGGAAAGACACUGCUGUCACAUUCUUCCAUUGAACAAGGUUAAGGACAGCUGGUUUGCAUGUGAGAUGUGAUUAACAGAAGAAAAACCACAGCGGCAGGGAGGAAAUGCUACAUGCAAAAUAAUGGGGCAUUUGUUUCUGAUGAGAUGACACAUACGCAGCAUUUGGUCAGACUCUUCACCAGAUGUUACUGGGUAAAUGGAUUCAAGAGGGAUGAAGCUGACAACCUGCAAACUUUUACUUUUCGUUCUCGUAUUUACUUCUGCAAGAAAUGGUGGUGGCCAUAGAACAAAUACCAAAAAUCCCUUAUUUGUAGAUGGAAAAAAAAAAGAUGUGAAUAAUCGGGACAGUAUCAUUCUAAUGGGUACGGAUGAUUUUCUGGGACGAAUCCAAAAAGCUGACAAGAGAAUAUUGUUUUUUAGUUCAAUUCCGAAUACGUCAUAUGAAACAAAUUACAGUUAUGAUCUAGGUGUGUCUUUAUUAAAAAAUGACCCUAAGUACCAGCUGAGCAUAAGCAGAAAUAAUACGCCUGCCGUUGUCUGUCUGAUUAAAGGAAGAUCAUGGGUUAAAGAGGUUUUUAACAGCACUAACAGUACAACUUCCCUUGUGUAUCACUGGACCCCAAAUACUACAUCCUUAGUAGAACUGAACAAGACUAAUAUAACCUGCCUGGAUCCAAAUGAGAAAUGUAAGAUUGCAAAAUACCAAACACAGAACUGCAGCAAUUUGAGGGAUAUAAACAUGUCUUCAGAGAACAAUAAUACAAACAUUAUUGGGAUUCAUGAGAAUGGUACUGCUACUUGUUAUAAGUGUGGAUCUCCUGUACAAGAGCUGCCAAUUAUUAGUCUGAAUAUUUCAAACACAUCUAAAGGAAAAGGGGUAGAUGCUGGGGAGGCAGCUAAGGCCAUGGGUGACCUCAAAAAAUUGCUGCCUAUGAUGAAGAAUUUGACUGCAGUAUCUGUGGAUAUGGGUGAUGCUCAGGGUGUUGUGAGGAAAAUUGACACUGAAGAAGCUAUCAAAACAGUUGCCUUUAUAUACUCUUCAGAAUUCGGGCUCGCUAUUUUAGAUGACGUGGAUGAAAUAAAAAAAUUCCCCGGUGCUUUCAUCGUUCCAAAAGAAGCUGCUCAGACAGCAUUCAAUCAAACCGGAGGAGAAGCUCUUAUGGGCAUAUUUCGGUUUCCCAAUAUGACAAAGGAUGAAAACAACAGUGUGGUUUUAAAUAAUGAUGUGUAUGCAAUCGAAAUGGGGACACACAUUUCUAAUCUAACUGAGGUUAUCCAGUUAAGCUUCCAGUAUAAGGAUGAAGCACGUCCUGUUUGUGUCUCAUGGGAUGGCAAUGGAAGCAAGCCAACUUGGAUCUCUGAUGGGUGUAACACAACUUAUGAUAAGGAUAAGAUAACAUGUUCAUGUUGUCACUUGACUUUCUUCGCUGUGCUCAUGAGCCCAGUAGAUACACCCAUUUCUAACAAAGACCUUGUCGCUCUCACCUACAUCACUUACAUCGGCUGCGGCCUGUCCAUGUUCUUCCUGGGCAUCGGUCUCUUCAUGCACUUUCUGUUAAGGAAAGCGAAGGCCAGUCAUUCAGUCCACCUGUUAAUAAAUCUCUUUGUGGCACUGUUCUUGCUGAAUGUGACCUUCCUGUCCAACGAGUACAUCGCUCGCAUGAAUCACAUCAUCGCCUGUCGGGUCAUGGCCGGAUUCAUGCACUACUGCAUGCUGGCCAGCUUCACCUGGUUUGCUGUGGAAGCUUUUCACCUCUGCCUGCAAAUGUUCAAAACCACGGUCACCAUCGACCAUUACAUCACCAAGAUCUCUGUUGUUGGAUGGGUUCCUCCUGCUCUUGUCGUGAGUGUCAUUUAUUUCCGGGGCUAUUACGGUGUGAUGCCCAUACAGACUGAAACAAAUAACAAUGCAACAAUGUGCUGGAUCACAGACAUUACAACGCAUUAUGUGGUGAACAUUGGUUAUUACUGCUUCGUCUUCAUCUUCACGUUCAGCACCUUCAUCGUGAUCCUGCGAUGGAUCUGCAUGCUGAGGCAGAAAAGAUGGAAAAAGAUGGAGAAGAUGAAUGGCUCGAAGACCGGCACCUCCGACAUAACCACCAUCAUGGGUCUCUGCUGUAUGCUGGGACUCACCUGGAGUUUCAGUUUCUUCAGUUUCGGAGCUCUGCGUGUGCCCUCCUACUACAUAUUCACCAUCCUGAAUUCCUUCCAAGGGUUAUUCUUAUUCAUAUACUACAUAAAAUCCAGCACCCUCUUUGGAGAUGCCGCCUCCUCAGAAAGCAGCAAGACAUCUGAGGAAACUACUUCAGAAAAUCCAUAUGAAAGCUAACUACAAACAUAUUUGUCAUGCAGACAUUUUUUCUUAAUAAUGCAAUUUAUUAGCUUAUAAACUUUUCCCUGUAAUGCAUGUAUCUGUUUCUAUAAGAAUAAUCCGUAAUAAGUGCUAUUUAACAAAGUUGUUCAUAAUCGUUUUACAGAACUGCCAUUUAGAAAUUGAAUUCAAAUGUGAAAUGCAUUUCCAGUUUAUCUCAAUUAUAGCUUUGAUUCUUGUUCAAAUACAACAGACACUUGACUGGUAUUGCCCCAAUACAUCUAAUAAUGCUGAUUUGAAAUGAAAUUUUGGAAAUAUUUUCUGGGAAAGUAACUUACUUUGAUAUAAUGUUGGUUAAAACAGCAAUAAGCUCAGUUUAUCUAGACCACUCCCAGUUGUAUUUUUUGUUUUUCACAUAAGACUAAUGCAUAUUGUUACUAAUGUUGUUCAGUUAAAUGAGGCUAUGUUUUUAUUAAUGAGUUUGUUUCACAUUCAUGUUGUACAUCCUAAUUAUUUGCAUUGAAUUUUUGUGCUCAUUUAAAAUCAUAUAGGACUUUCUUAAUCAUAUGGGAUGAUUAAAUCAUAUUAAUCAUAUUUUAUC